CACACAAGUUUUUGCGUUGUUUUUUAAAAUGGUCGUGCCACUUGGACCCAUAGCAUAAACAAGAGAGAAAGAAAGGGGCAAUAACGUAAUUUUAUCUUUCCGCGAAAUGAAAAAGAAAAAAAAGAAUGAGAAAAUAAACGCUAAAACCCAACGCCCAUCGCCCAUUUCUGAAUCAACUGCUGUCUGCUGCUGCAGUCGUAGACACUGAACUGUCGUACACUCGGAUCCGAUAACCCGUUUCCUGACCGGAGCUUUUACCCGAUUCGGAUUGCUGACCCGCGGUACUGACCAAGCGCUCUCUGCGAGCUGGUCGGAUCCAUUUAGAUCCGAAUAUGGACGCCUUGCAGGAAUCGGGUUGGGAGGAGCUCCGGAAGGAAGCUCGGAAGAUCGAAGGUGAUAUCGAUGUCAAGCUCUCCUCUUAUGCUAAGCUCGGCGCUCGUUUCACCCACGGAGGUAAUGUGGAUGCUGGUUCACCAACUCUUGGAUCCAGCAGAUCGUGGAAGUCUAUGGAAAUGGAGAUUCAGUCGUUGCUAGAGAAGCUACUUGAUAUAAAUGAUUCAAUGAGUCGAUGUGCUGCAUCUGCUGCACCUACUACUUCAGUUACUCAAAAGCUUGCUAGACACAGAGACAUACUGCACGAAUUUACGCAGGAAUUUAGGCGAAUCAAGGGAAAUAUUAACUCAAUGAAGGAACAUGCUGAACUUCUUAGUUCUGUGCGGGAUGAUAUCAGUGAAUAUAAGGCCUCUGGGAGCGUCUCUCCAAGAAUGCAAUUACUAAGGGAGAGAGCUGCUAUACAUGGAAGCAUAUCUCAUAUUGAUGACGUUAUUAGUCAAGCUCAAUCGACCAGAGCAGUCUUGGGCUCGCAAAGGACCCUUUUUGGAGAUGUUCAGGGAAAGGUUAAGGUACUAGGAGACAAAUUUCCAGUCAUUCGCGGUCUAAUAGGUUCAAUCAGAAAAAAACGAUCAAGAGACACGCUCAUCCUAUCCGCCGUCAUUGCUGCUUGUACGCUUUUUCUUAUUAUCUAUUGGCUCUCAAAGUGAACAGAUUCUUACUAUGUCAAAAUUGAGUGACAGAGAAGAGGACUUCCACACGGAUUUGCCGUUGCAUGUAUAUUCAGUAUAAAAAUUUAUGGUUCUUAUCCAUGCUUCAAAUGCUUACAUUAAUGGAGGAAAUGCAUUUCGGUUACUUACACUGCAGAUGAUGUAGUGUUUAUUCACUAUAUAAUAAGACAAUGCCUCACAUGUUACUUUUA